AUGGAGAGUCAAGUUAGUAAUAAUAUACGUAAUCAGCCGCUGCACGGGGGUGACCCCCGGGAGCUGACGCUAGAUGUGAUAGUGUGUAUGGGAGCCAUCAGCGCCUCUCUACUGAACAGGAGUCGGGAAUCUGAAGAUAUUACCCGACCAGCUGGGAAAGACGGGGGUGGACGACGCUGCGCUUUGCCCAUAAAUUCUGUCGGCUCAUCAAUAUCGACCACAAUUAAAAAAUUAAAAAUACGAAGAAAGUGGUCAACAGACGAAAUAGAAAAGCUUAUGUUUUGCUGUGCUUGGAUUCCUACAUCGAACUACUUUACCCCAGAACAUGACCUUAGACUACAAUUAUAA